AAUGACAGAACUCAGCCUUAGUCGCUUCGCCCGGGCAAUCUCCCAUCACCAAUAGUACGCGUUCUGCGAGCGGAUGUUCUUGAACGAGCAUCGUCCUUGCGCUAGUGUUGUGGUAUCUUAAGUCUAUGGUCCAGCGAUUCGCGCUGGUUUUAGGUUUGACAGUACUACGACUUGAUCCUUAUUGCAUGCAAUAAUAGAGGCUUCAAUUGGAUUCUGCCUUUCCUAGCUUAGCCAUAUAUCUCUCCACGCCUUCUACUGCAUCUUGUGGUGAGCGGAUGUACUCUUGGAAUAGAGACAACACCUCUGCUAGAGAGAAACGAUUCUGCGGGAGGAUACAGCAUAGCAUAGUGGUGUUCUUUCAUGGUUGAUAGACGUCAUGUCAACAUUUCACUUCUCUGUUUCAGGUGAGCAGUUUGGCAGCUCCCCCUGCCAGUGGCCCGAGAAUCAACCCUCCAGUCCGUAUACUGUCAGCUACCGAAACUCGCAGCUUAAUCUUGAUGGCUGUUCUAUUUGUCCAUCGCCACAUGUUAUAGACGACAUAUGUACGGAGGGACUGGGGAUUGCUGUUGGCAGAUCGCAUUGCCAGUCUGGUGCGACUUUGCACAGGAUUGAAUGCAGUCUUACUCAGAGUGCAGCCAAUACGAACUCAUCGGCAUCUUCUACCUCUGGGGCCUGUAAAAGUCAAGAAGUAUACAACGUAGAAACGAUGUGGGAGCACUACUCGUGCAAUCUUGAUAUGUUUUCCAAAAUGAAGGUGCAGAAACAAAAAUGCUCAGGCGUCAUAACUGUUCAGCCCCGGAGACAGUUCAUCUGUUCUAAGAGGGUAAAAGGAGUCCAUUGUGGUCGAAAAUUUAGCAAAUUAGAGCAUCUAAAGCGUCACCAGGAGACACACGACCAGGAACGCACAUUUACUUGUGAUAUCAUGCUAAGAAGCUCUGAUAUUGGCCACCAUCGAAAAGAAGGACCAUGUCGUCAGACUUUCUUGCGACACGACAAUUAUCUAGCACAUUUCCGCACCCAUCUCGUUCAAGAUACACGGGGACUGUUCUUCCCGCGACUGAACAAUACGGGGCUCUACGCAGACCUGAUAGCCCUGGUGCCGGUCUUAAGGUCUGGGGUUGACACGGGAAACAUGCACAGGUACCACCGAAACACGCGAGUGUCAUGGGAGAAUCUAGUGGAGCGUGUCAGAGAAGCAAAGGGUGCCCUAGUGGCUGAUCAGAUACUUGUUACCAUCUUGCGAGCUUGCUUGAGACAUGAUGCUCGUGUAGCGCGGUCGUUUUGCUAGGUAUGAAUG